AUGAACUCGCUAGGGAUCGAGUAUGGGUCGUCUUCAUCGGAUGAGGAGGGUACACGAUCACUGGGGGUGACCCAUUCCAAGCCUUCUUCUACUCCAUCUCCUUCCCGUGCUGCACAAGCAUCUGUAGACUCAAGAUCCACGGUCUCUGAGAAAGCGGAUGAAGUCUGUUUAGUCCGGCCUAGCAACGAUACUGCUGAGCAAGAGGUCGGACUCACAGAUCGUGAAGCAGAUACCCCUCUUACUGAACAUGAUCUGGAGGCGAUGCUACUGCAAGUGGGUAUACCGCCGGCAGCGGAUUCUUUGGCUGCUGAUAACGUGACGCAGCAGCGCAUAGAGCGGUUCUUACGGAUGCAACGCGAACGCGGCCAGGACUUCCAGACGACGCUGCAGGACAAGAAGGAAGUGCGGAACCCGUACAUCCUUGAGAAGGUGAUCGAGUAUUUUGGCAUCGACGAGCUGCGGUCCAACUUUCCAAAGGACAAGUUCGAUCCUCACGGUCUUCCGCUGCAUGAGUAUGUGGACGUAUUAGCUGUCGAGCAGAAGAAACGCACCAAUGCCCGAGCGCAGCGUCAGCUACAGCAACAACGGGAUGACGCUGAUCAACGCCAGGGGCAAUUUGUAUCGGCUAUCGCACGUACGUGGUAA